CAGCCAAUUUAGGGUUUCACAAAAAGAAAAGAGAGAUCAGGGCGUGCGCAUGCAAAUGGGGCGUAGGUUAGUUUGGGGGCUCCUCAUUGCUUUCUUGUGUUGCGCCAUUUCUCUCUUCUUGGCUCCCAACGACCUCCAUCGAUCCCUCGUCGCCGCCACCAACCAUGCACAACAACAAGACCACCACCACGUCAACCGAGCCUACAACGACGCUCUUUCCAAGGCCAUCUUGUUCUUCCAAGGCCAGAGGUCCGGCAAGCUCCCCGCCGACCAGCGCGUCACGUGGCGCGGGGAUUCCGCCCUCGCCGACGGCCAGCCCGACAACGUGAAUUUGGUGGGAGGGUAUUAUGAUGCGGGGGACAACGUGAAAUUCGGGUGGACGAUGUCCUAUACGACGUCGCUUUUGUGCUGGGCUGCGAUCGAGUACCGUCAGCAGAUUACCUCCGCCGGCGAGAUCGAGCACCUCCGGCAGGCCAUUCGCUGGGCCACCGAUUUCCUCCUCCGUUCCCACACUUCCUCCACCACUUUCUACACUCAGGUUGGGGAUGGGAACAAGGACCACAGUUGCUGGGAACGGCCGGAGGACAUGGACACACCUCGUACGCUGUACAAGAUCACUUCCCAGAAUCCGGGCUCGGAGGCCGCCGGCGACGCCGCGGCCGCGCUCGCCGCCGCUUCCAUGGUGUUCAAGCAUGUCGAUGCUGCUUAUUCCUCCAAGCUACUCCAACACGCCAAAUCACUGUUUGAAUUUGCGGACAAGUAUAGGGGUUCUUACGGUGCUUCCUGCCCUUUCUACUGCUCCUACUCCGGCUACCAGGAUGAGUUGUUGUGGGGGGCAACGUGGCUGUACGAGGCAACCGGUGACAAAAAGUACCACGGUUAUCUCACAAGCAACCAGGGUUGGAGUGGUUCGGUUAGUGAGUUCAGUUGGGAUAACAAGCUUGCUGGUGUCCAAACUUUACUCGCCAAGAGAUUCAACGGUGGAGAUAAGGAGUUGGGGAAGUACAAGAGCGAUGCUGAAUCUUUCAUUUGUGCACUCAUGCCUGGGAGUGGCUCUCAACAAAUCCAAACUACACCGGGAGGGCUAAUGUAUACAAGGGACAGUUCAAAUCUACAGUACGUGACAAGCUCAAGCAUGCUUCUCUUCAUCUACUCCAAGAACUUGGCUGUGUCCCAUGUCAAUGGCGUUCAUUGUAACUCCAAGUAUUUCUCCGCAUCUCAAAUACGUGCAUUUGCCAAAUCUCAGGUGGACUAUAUACUGGGGGAAAAUCCGAUGAAGAUGUCAUACAUGGUUGGAUACGGAAGCAAGUUCCCACAACAGCUGCACCAUCGAGGUUCGUCACUUCCCUCGAUCAAAUCCCACAAGCCCAAGAUCAGCUGCAACGAUGGCUACGACCACUACUACUCCUCGAGCCAGCCCAACCCAAAUGUCCAUGUGGGAGCCCUUGUGGGUGGGCCGGACUCGUCUGAUAAUUACCCUGAUCAGCGAUCCGACUAUUCGCAUGCUGAGCCCACGACUUAUAUCAAUGCUGGCUUUAUCGGCUCGGUGGCUGCUUUACUCUGAUUGCAUUUACAUACAUGCACAUGUAUAUUAGUGACUAGUGAGGAUUAAUCUCUUAGUCCGUUUCAAUUAACGUACGUGUGUGUAAAUAUAAAAAAGAACACACCAGUGUACAAGUUUAGGCAGUCCUCCUUAAUUUGUAACCUGAAAUAGUAGGUGGAUGGAAGGCUACUACAAUGGUUAUAAUACUCAACCAGCCCUGGUAGGAGUUGUAACAUGGACAAACCAUUAUGCAUAUUAUCUCCAUAUCAACUUAUUAUCUCCAUAUCAACUUAUAUCUCCUUGAUUACAGAGUGCUAGAUAUAAAUAUUUUUGUUUUCUUAUUAUUAUUAGUGCAUAUACAUAGUCAACAAUGGGAUCCGAACUUAGAAUUUGAAGGUUGAAAAUAUAGGCAGUCUCGCUAAAUCAAAUCCCUCUUUGUAGAGACUCAUUUAUUGAACUAAGAAGAUUACGUAAUACUUGUAAUUUUGGACUCGUUAUAUUAAUUUCAUUGAAAAAUAUGGAACAUCGGCAAAUGAUAAUUCAUGUUAACAUAAGAUAGUUGUGAUUCAAAACAUGAUUUAUGAGUUGUGAUUAGUGAUCACUUAUCAAUAACAUACGAAUAUAGCAUGAGUGGAAUUUCCUUCUCCCAAAUAAAUGCUUUAAGCAUGAGGUGUGAAUAUAAUUGGCUACUCUUUAUUAUAGAAAGUCACGUUCACGAGAUUUUUUCAAUCAAUAAAUACCAAGAUCUAGAAAAGGAAAGACAGAGUUAGGGAAAUAGUUAUUUUUAUGAGAAAUCGGAGGAAACCAAAAAGUCCUUCCGAACAUAAAUUUAAAUGAAAAUAGAGUUCUAUAGAGGCACUACAAAAAAGACAGUCAUUAGUGACCAGAUGUUUCCGUACGUAAAGCUCUAAUUCAAUCACAAAUGUGCUUUUGCAAUGUCAUGUUGUCGUCGCCGUUCCAAAUACAAGCGUCACAAAUAAUUUUUGUGUGACGAGCCGUCGCAAAAACUAUUUGUAACGACUCAAAGUUGUCUCUACAAUUAAUAUGGUCGUGACUAAUGUAUUUUAAAAUUGACGAACCUGAAAACUUUUGUUUGUGACGGCAAAGAACCAUCACAAUAAUUAAUAAACUCGUCGCCUAGUCAAUAAUAGUUUCAUAUUGAUGAACCCGACGAUGAUGUCAUUCUUGUGACAAAUUGUUUGUGAUUAUCGUUGUGUUUUCUCAAUUGUGAUGAGAUCAUUCUCAAUCUAAAAUUAAAAUUUUGAGGCUAGUAAUUAUUUUGAUUUUCUCAAAUUUUAUUGGCAUAGAUAACCCAUAUAUAACCAAUUGGCCACUAAAAACUGGAACCCCAAAUAAACAAAUAGUAGAAGAAAAUAUUAAAUAAAUCCAUCUAUAUUGUUGUUCAUGUACAAUAUAUGCUAUUAUUGUUUCAUAUAAUAUAUUACAUACAAUAUAUGUGCUCAUGUAAAAAGAAACAAACACAACAGGAGAAGAAAUGCUAUUGUUGCUACAUCUCCUGCGACUCCCCGAUCAUUUUUUCAGCCGCCGUCGAAUUCAAUUUCCGCUACUAACCACCACCAGUUGCUAAUGACCUUGAACGACUUUCUUCAAUCCUUAUUUCCGGCUAUUCCAAAAGAAAGAUAAUUAAAUAUCAGUAUCUUA